AUGCCAGCUUGGGUGCUAGGCUGGUUGAUGUGCAAGACGGUGCCUUACGUCCAGGGUCUCUCGGUCGCGGCCUCAGUCUACAGCCUGGUCGCCGUGUCAUUGGACAGAUUCCUUGCGAUCUGGUGGCCGCUGAAGCUACAAAUUACCAAACGUCGCGCCAGGAUGAUGAUCGUUUUCAUCUGGAUUUUUGCCAUCGUCGUCACAACGCCCUGGGUCUUCUUCUUCGACCUGGUCGUGGUCUUUGAAGACGACCCCAACGUGCGUCUCUGCCUUGACGUCUGGCCUACCCUCAGCGAAGUUCUGUACUUCGUUAUAGGAAACCUCAUCUUCUGCUACAUUCUUCCCAUGGUUCUUAUUACUAUGUGCUACAUCUUAAUCUGGAUCAAAGUAUGGAGACGAUCCAUCCCCACGGACACGCAAGACGCCCAGAUGGAACGGAUGCAGCAGAAGUCUAAAGUUAAAGUAGUCAAGAUGUUGGUCGCUGUUGUUAUUUUAUUUGUUCUAUCCUGGUUUCCUCUUUACCUCAUCUUCGCACGAAUAAAGCUAGGAGGCCCCAUCCAAAAAUGGGAGGAAGAUAUUUUCCCUGUAGUAACUCCACUAGCCCAGUGGCUUGGUUCAUCCAACUCCUGCAUUAACCCAAUUUUGUACGCAUUCUUCAAUAAGAAGUAUCGCAAGGGUUUCGUAGCAAUCAUUAAGAGUAGAAAAUGCUGUGGAAGGCUGCGGUAUUACGAGACCAUCGCGCUCCAGUCCUCUAGCACGUCAACGAGGAAGUCCUGGCACUAUAAUAACAAUAACAACCCGUCUAUCACCAGGAGAUCGCCUCCUGUCGACAAGAAUGCGGUCUCCUUCAUAUUCAACCACACGGGCGUGUAGAGUAUUGAGGGAUCCACACUGGUGAACAAUAAAGUCGCGAUGCGCGCGAUCUGGUCUCUCGAGGACCACGGAACACAGCAUAUCUGAGAUUUUAACGUGUUUUGUAUAAUUUGAUUUUGUACGUUUUGAUGUCGUGGAUUAUUCAGUAGUCUGAUCAGCAUUUAGAACGUGCGCCCGG